CCAGGAGGCACCGCUGCCACCGCCGGAAGUGUCUCGUGGCCCGAGGGUUUGUGGGACGUAGGGCCUUUCCUUUCCGUCGCUGGGCGCCAUCAGGUAGACAGACAUGGGUGCCUACAAGUACAUCCAGGAGCUGUGGAGGAAGAAGCAGUCGGACGUGAUGCGGUUCCUGCUGCGCGUGCGCUGCUGGCAGUACCGCCAGCUGUCGGCCUUGCACCGGGCCCCACGCCCCACGCGGCCGGACAAAGCCCGCAGGCUGGGAUACAAGGCCAAGCAAGGUUACGUUAUCUACCGUGUCCGCGUCCGCCGUGGUGGCCGCAAACGCCCAGUCCCCAAAGGUGCGACCUAUGGUAAACCUGUGCAUCAUGGUGUUAACCAGCUCAAGUUUGCCCGGAGUCUUCAGUCUGUAGCAGAGGAACGUGCUGGCCGUCACUGUGGGGCUCUGAGAGUCUUGAACUCGUAUUGGGUGGGUGAAGAUUCCACUUACAAGUUUUUUGAAGUGAUCCUGAUUGAUCCCUUCCAUAAGACCAUCAGGCGGAACCCCGACACCCAAUGGAUCACCAAGCCUGUCCACAAGCACAGAGAGAUGCGUGGGCUGACGUCAGCCGGGCGCAAGAGCCGUGGGCUUGGCAAGGGCCACAAAUUCCACCACACCAUUGGUGGCUCGCGCCGUGCGGCCUGGAGGAGGCGCAACACCCUGCAGCUGCACCGCUACCGCUAAUUCUUGUAAACGUGGCCAUCUAAUAAAGAUCAUGCAGGUUGUUCAAUUUAA